AUGGCGACUGGCCACAGCAAUGGCUUUGAGGAGCCGGUGAAGCUAGACCUGCCAGCAGAUGACUGGAAAUCCGUGGCUCUACUUUCAGGGGCUUGGGCCGCGGCUUUUGCGGUUUUCGCAUCCAAUGUGGCGACGCUCACCCUGGCCGUCGCGGAGACAGCACCGGCUGUGGAGCUGGAGACACUGCCUCUGGGCCUUGCCCUCGUCAUGCAAGGCAUCGGAACCAUGGCACUUCCGACGAAAGUGCGCUACCUCGGGCGCAAGUAUAUGUACCUCGCUGGCGCAGGAGUUGGUCUGCUUAGCUGCUUAGCGCUCGCACUGGGCUCAUGGCUACUGGACUUCGGCCUGCAGUGCCUCGGUGCUUGCCUGCUAGGGUAUAGCUUCGCCCAUGCGCAGAACUACCGCUUCGGCGCCAUCCAGGCCAUGCCCUCCAAUCCACCACGUGCCAUCAGCUCCGUUCUUUUCGGGGGUGUCGUCGGAGCACUCCUGGGCCCUGGGGCUAUUUCUCAGGCGCGAGACUUGCUGCCCGUCCCUUUCAUGGGCAUCUACCUGUGCGGAGGCGUUCUCAAUCUGCUGGCUGUACUGUUGCUGAGCUUCGUUGAGCUCCCGGGAGCGGCUGAGCCGAAGGGCAAGGCCCCAAUUGAACAGCCGCGGCGCCUCUCGAAGAUCUUGCUGCAGCCGCGGUGUGGUGCUGCCAUCGUCACGCUGACUGCCUCCUACUGCAUCAUGCUUGUGCUUAUGGCGCCUACUCCUGCUGUCAUGCAGAACUUCUAUUCUCAUUCGUUCACGGCAUCUACAUUGACCAUGAUGGGACACAUGUUUUGCAUGUUCGCACCAUCGCCACUGACUGGUAUCGCCAUGGCACGAGCGGGCUCCGCGCCAGUCAUCGUGGCUGGACUCCUUUGUGCUGCCUUAACCGCCGUGGUGCUCUGCCUCGGCACCAGCCUCCCGUAUUUUGUGGUCGGCAUGGCGCUGCUGGGCUUUGCAUGGAACUUUAUGUACAUUGGAGGUUCGGCGCUGCUUACAAAGUCCUACUCCCCUUCGGAGGGGCCGAAGCUGCAGGCAGUGACAGACACUGCCGUCAACUUUGGGGCGGCCAGCUUCACACUCCUCUCCAUGCCGAUCGUGUCUAGCAUCGGUUGGAUUCCUACGCAGCUGUUGCACUUGGCAAUGACUGGAGCAACUGCGCUCCUCCUUGGCAUCUGCUGGGCGCUGGACCGACGACAAGCUGCAACCUCCUGA